AUGUCCUCGCUGCCCAAUGUCUUCUCCAUCCUCAUGGGCAUCGUGUCGGACUCCCGCCCGAUCUUCGGAUAUCGACGCCGGCCCUACCUGGUGUUCGGAUGGAUUAUGAGCACAACUGCCUAUUCCGUUAUGGCUGUGAUGGGGCUUCCUGAGCCCUACUUCUGUGUGGGACCGGAUGGUGACUAUCUUCUUGAUCAGGAGCCCUGCAAUCCAGAUGCUGACCAGUAUUACGUGCCCCUGAUGAUCUGUCUCUUCACCGCGAACAUCGGGCUCUUAGUAAGCCAGUCUGCGGGGCGUGGGCUGAUGGUCGAGUAUGCCAAGGCGGAAGCGGAGGAGCGCCGGGGUCGAACGCAGACGGUUCUGUCGAUGGUCGGCUUAGUCGGCCAAUUCUCGUCGCUGCUGGUGGCCGGUUUCGGCUUCAAUGGCCGGCUGUUCAACGGCACCUGGGAUCAACGCUACCAGCUUGGCUUCAGACAGUAUGUUUCCAUCUUCGCCGUUGCGUCCCUGAUUGCCGGCUUGUCCUGCAUUCGCCAUGUUCGCGAGGGGGUAGGGUCAGAUGUCUCGCUGCGGAAGUAUUGUUGGCAAGCCUGGAGUCUCUUUGAGAGCAAGGCAGUGGCUGCUGCCGGCCUCUACUUCUUCGUCAGGGCCAUCCUCGCGAAAGUCUUCACCACGGCGAGCUUCUGGGUCAUGAUGGAGUGGGCCGGCGUGAAGAGUUUGCAAAUGCAGUUGUGCUCCUUGCUCGGAGUCUUCGCGUCCCUGUUUGGCAGCUGGCUCUUGCAGAAAUACAUGCUGAAUGUCAGCUGGCGAAAGAUCAUGCUGUUCGCCACAGUCACCUGUACGACUAUGGAUGCCUUGCCGACAUUUCUCACUAUCUUUGGCAUCGUGCGGGACCAGUAUUUCUACCUUGGUGAGUCUAUCGUCAGUGCUGUCCCCGAGGCCAUGGCCGGUUUGGUCAGCAGCUUCGUUGUGAACGAGCUUGCCGACAGCAGCAACUGCGGCCUCCUGGCUGGGCUCUUCAUGACCAUCAGCAACGUGGCGAAUCCCAUGGGCUUGCUCUUGGGGAACCAGCUCUUUGGGUUGUUCACACCAUCGCUUGCGGAGCGACAUAACUACGUGGAGGACGCGCCAUCAUUCCGCUGGACGGUGGCUUGGUCUUACGUCCUGACCUACACCUUCUCCAUCUUGCCGCUCUUCCUCCUGCCUUUGCUGCCGCGCCAGAAGAGCAACGCUCAGGCACGCAAGCGGGAAUGGCCGCACAAGUCUUUCUUCGCAGUGGUGGCAGCCAUUGUGUUGGGCAUAUCGCUGCUCUACACCUUGGUGGGUGACUUCUUCGUGCUGGACCCCGACCUGGUCUGUGCCCGAUUCGUAGGCGGCCCUGGCUGCAACCUGGCGAAAAAACUGUCUGACCCGAUUCAGGACUGA